GAGAAAUUUAGGUCUUACUAGUUUAUUUUUUUUAAUGCUUCAGGCUGCCUGGAGACUCAAGAACAAGAAUAGGGUUCAUAACGUUUGACAGCACUGUUCAGUUUUACAACUUGCAAGAAGGUCUAUCUCAGCCUCAGAUGCUGAUUGUCUCAGAUAUUGAUGAUAUUUUCCUACCUACACCAGAUAGUUUACUUGUAAAUCUCCAUGAAAGCAAAGAGCUGAUCAAGGAUCUGUUGAAUGCAUUACCAAAUAUGUUCACCAAUACGAGAGAAACACACAGUGCGUUGGGCCCUGCUCUUCAGGCUGCCUUUAAACUGAUGUCUCCGACGGGUGGGCGGAUAUCUGUGUUCCAAACCCAGUUGCCAUCUUUGGGAGCAGGGCUCUUGCACUCCCGAGAAGAUCCCAAUCAAAGGUCAAGCACAAAGCAAUUACCAGUAAUAACAUCAAGCACAAUAGUGAGAUGCAGAUCCUGCAGGACAUACAUCAACCCUUUUGUUUCUUUCAUUGAUCAAAGGAGGUGGAAAUGUAAUCUCUGCUAUAGAGUUAACGAUGUUCCUGAAGAGUUUAUGUAUAAUCCUCUGACACGAUCUUAUGGAGAGCCUCACAAACGGCCAGAGGUCCAAAAUUCUACCGUGGAGUUCAUUGCUUCCUCAGACUACAUGAUGUGUCUCAUAAUGCAGUGGAGGCUGGAUAUUUGACAAUACUCUGCCAGUCAUUGCUGGAAAACCUAGACAAG